AUGUACUUGCUGACUCUGCUGGGGAACAUCACAAUCAUCUUGUUGAUCUGCUCCAGUGCACAGCUCCUCCAGGCACCCAUGUAUUUCUUCCUCUUCCACCUUGCGCUAACCGAUGUGGGUUUCACCUCUGCCAUCACCCCCAAAACACUGAAGAACUUGUUGUCUCAGGACAAGACCAUCUCCUAUUGGGGAUGCUUGGUCCAGAUGUACUCCUAUAUAUCGUUCGGCAACUCAGACAGCUUCUUGUUGGCUUCCAUGGCCUGGGACCGCUACGUGGCCAUCUGCCAGCCAUUGCACUAUUCUACCCUGAUGAACCACCGACGUUGCCUCCAACUGGCAGCAGUGUCUUGGGGGAUUCCCAUUGCCCAUUCAUUGCUUUAUACUGUGUUGUUGUCCCGCCUUUCCUUCUGCGGUGCAAGGGAGAUUCCACAUUUUUUCUGUGACGUUAUUCCUUUCUUGGACAUUGCCUGCUCAGAUACGAGGGUCAUAGAAAUGCUGAUAGUCACCGAGGGGGUGGUAGAGAUCUUGGCUCCUUUUGUGCUGAUCGUCAUCUCCUACAUCUAUAUCUUCUACACCAUCAUGAAGAUUCCCUCUGCCUCUGGGAAGCGCAAGGCUUUCUCCACCUGUGGGUCCCACAUUUCUAUGGUGGUCUUGUUCUAUGGCUGUGUAAGCUGGAUCUAUUUCAAGCCCCAGACAAAGAACCCAGACCACAAGGACACUGCGGCAGCUGUAAUGUACACUAUGGUAACUCCUAUGCUGAACCCCUUCAUCUAUAGCUUCAGAAACAAGGAAUGA